AUGCAAAUGAUUGUAAAACACUUGGAAGAUUUAUCUAUAAAUUCAAAUACAAAGCAAACUGAUAACUUCUUUGAAUCAGAUAAAUGCCCAGAAUUACCUCUUUCGACCAAAGAACAGUUUGAUGCAUUUAUGGAGAAAUUAAUGAGUAAUAGUUUUCUCAAGCAAGUUGCUGCGGCAAGUGGAAAAAUUGGGGGUAGAGAUCUUUCAAACAUAGUAACAAAUAUAUGUGUGAAAUUUGUCAGCAAUUCAUUAGCUAUGAAUUAUAGUUGGACCGGAAGAAAGAAGCCAAAAUUAGCUUUGCAAAAUACAAAUUUUGCUAAAUUAAUGAUGGCUGCCGUUCGAAUAAAUAAACCGCAGGCAAAGGAUAAUGAAAUUUCAGAACUGGUUUCAAAAUGGUUCGCUGGAGCCAAAAAGAGGGUGGAUAGAGGAGAUAAUAAGGAAAAUAAUAAGAAUGAAGAAGAUUUGAACAAUUCAAUCAGUGAUGACGAAACUCAGGACCCCUUAGAGAACGAUGCUGAUGAUGAGAAUUGA